AACAAAUCCCACAUAGAUCGUCCGCCGCAACUUGACACGACUGGCGGCCAGCAGCAUACUAUAAAUGGACGGCGCUGGUGGCGGGAUGGAGCUGGGGGAGCGGGACUUCGACACGGCUGGAAGCGGAGAAUCGGCCCUGGCAGCGCUGCGUUCGGCCUCCCUUCCCGAUGAGUUCUGGAUGCUAUCUUACAAGGUCUCUAGAAAAUUGUGAUGUGUAUUUUCGUGCAUUCGAGCGUCAGCGCGCGGCUCGAGCGCAGUGGGCCGGGUUCUUGCCUGCUUCCAGCCUGCGAUGCCACCCGGUUCCGCUCGUUGAGCGCGGCGGCGAGGGCGUGUCUCAUCCACCACCAUGUUGUUCCUGUUGGCGCGCACAACGACCCACCAACGAAACACCACGAGCGCCGUACGCGUGUGAUGGGUCCUUCCGGGUCAUCAUUGACAAGCCUGGACGCACUGCACGCCUAAGGGGGCAUCCGGCGAGAGGGCUGGGACGUUAGGUGGGGGCAUCAGCACAGGGGUGCAUCAGCAGGUGUAAGCAGAGGGAACGGCCGGGGCAGGUAAGGGGGUGGGACAGGGCGCGCUUGUCUUUGUUUGUGCGGAGGCCAUAUGGUGGGAUGCCGAUGGGGAACUCGCUCGCUCGCAUGUAGGUAGGCGUGGCCGCAUCGGCGGGCGGUGGGCGAGGUGAAGCAACAUUUAGCGGUUAGCGCAGCGGGCGGCCAGUGGUGGCCAAUGUUCCGCCGGUGCCGUUGUACCGUAUAUUCUUUUUGAACAAAACCGGACUGGUCAGUGCAUACCUUGUCAGUGCACACACGGUGGACUGUGCAUACGGGUAGCUCUCGCGUGCACAGACGUGGGUGCGCCGCGCUGUGGGCGCGAAAAAAUUCCGGAAGCGGCCUGUUGACGCCCAAGCCCUUU